CGGUGGGCGGCGCAGAACGCGCUCAGCCGCCGUAGAGGUCACAUCGCUCCGUGUGUCACGUGCUAGUGUUCAACAUGUCUGCGAGUCCCGCUAAGAAGGCCGGAGCCAAGAAGGCCUCCAAGCCGACCCAUCCUCCGACCCUGGAGAUGAUCACCAAGGCAAUCAGCACGGAGAAAGAUCCCAAGGGAACGUCGGUGAUGGCCAUCAAGAAGCACAUCCUGGCGCACAACCAGAUCAAGUCGGCCCAGCUGCUCAACCACAUGCUCCGGAGGGCGUUCGAGGCUGGUCUGGCUGCCGGCAAGCUGACCCGACCUAAGGGUCAAACAGACUCAUCGCUGCUCGCUGGACGCUACCGUCUGGCUGCCGCCAAGGCGAAGAAGCCCAAGGCCGCGACGGACAAGCCCAAGAAGGUCGUCAAGAAGGUGGCUAAGUCCCCAGCCAAGAAGGCCAAGUCGCCCGCAAAGAAGGCAGCAAAGUCUCCUGCCAAGAAGGCCAAGUCUCCCGCUAAGAAGGCGGCAGCCAAGAAGCCCAAGGCGAAGUCGCCCGCAAAGAAGACUGCGGCCAAGAAGACGAAAGCUGUGAAGAAGCCGGCGGCCAAGAAGACCCCGAAGAAGUCACCCGCUAAGAAGGCGGCAGCGAAGAAGAGCCCGAAGAAGGCGGGAAAGAAGUAAGCGUUCUGUUCCGUGCUUUGAUUGUUAUGUUACGUCGUGUGUACAAAGUAUUUUGUGCUUUAACCAUAAUCAUUCAUAUUGAAGGAUAUUUGCGAGCAGUCAUAGCGCAGGCGGGGCCAGCGGUCCCGGGUUCGAAUCCACCAGCGAGCCAGUGUUUGUCUGUGUCCUUUGAGGACGAUCUCACUGCUGGGGGGAGGGAUACGCCACCAUCACAGAAUAUAAUGUCAUUUGAACGA